CCACUUCACGUGCCCACCCCCGCAGGAGGAUGGGCCAUCACGGUUCGGAACCACUGUUUCAUACCCUUCCCUAUCUGUCAUUCAUUGCCAGAAUCCUGACGUUCGGAGCAACACAACCUCUGCAGCUGGAAAACGACAGUACGUUGGCUCACGCUGUUAACAUGUCAGCAAGAAACAAAGCAACAGCAGAGCAUGUGAUAACUACCAAACACAUUUUACUUCUCCAUGCUAAGGGAGUUACUCAGGCUUACGUCCCACUGAAUAUUUCACUUGAAACUACUAGAACAAACAGUAACAGGCAUACAGGAGGCGUAAAUAUUUAUUAUAAGCUGUGAUGAUUAUAAUUAUGUAGGUUGGGAUUUGUUGUUAUUUAUGUACUUACAUAAUGUGAUAUGAAUGCUAAAAGCCGGACCAAUGGAACAAAAGCAGGGGGCCGUUGCUAUGCAACGGCGCAGUAAACACGUUUCCAGAGCAACGAAUCAACACGCAUCAACAGAGGAACUGCUGGAAGCAGUGUUUUCUAUGGUCCGUGCACAGUCCGUUGCUACGCAAUGGUGCAGUAAACACAUCUCUGAACAAUGAAUGAACACGCAACAAUAGAUGAAGCGGUGUUUUCUGCAUGGUCCGUUCUAAGGCUAUAUAACGAGGAUCAAUGGAAAAAGUUAGCAGCUGUGAGUUUCCAGUCGACGUUGGGGGUUGGCCGUGAGCACGGAAGCAGACGGAUCUCCACUGUUACAAGCAGCUACCAAGCAAGAUAUAAACUGAAAACACUUAGUAUGUACUAUAGAUCUGUAGUUACGAAAUACAGGCGUUCAGUAAAUCCAUUUAUCAAUUCAAACCCUGUGUCUAGUCAGUGACACGUGACAGAAGUAGGACUGGAUUGACUGUAUUAAAGCCGACGUGACAGCUAACUACAGAGGACAUGGAAAAUUUGAUAGCUACCAUACGGGAAAUGCAAGUCGGUCAACAAAUGAUAGUGGCUGAUAUUAAAGCCACAAGAGCUGACCAAAGAGAGAUGGCAAGCAUAUGGACCCGCCAAAAGAAUACGAGAACGGCGACAGAACAUCUUCGAUCCACCCAGGCCGACUUGGAAAAGACUUUUAGCACGCGAGUACAACGCAUCAUGAAAUCCACGGACGAACGCAUACGAAGCCUCCGUGAGAUCAGUACACACGAAACUUUCAUCACGCGCCUCGGCAAGAAAGAAGUGAUGAAUACGCUGUCUGAAGCCACGAAGCGUGGGCUCGAGACAAAACUGGAGGAAGCCGAAGACCAAGUGUGCCAUAAGGGCAGCGGCAACGCUGAAAUCUGCGUACAUAAAAAGAGGCCGCAGCUGCCAGAGACUACAAGUAGCAGGACAAAGCGACUUCAGUGCUUGCCGAGUGGGGGCACCACCCAGAAGGAUUUCACGGAACAAGAUCGACCGAAACGAGAAUACACGAAAAAAAUGACGUCUGUGACAUCAAAGCCGCCUACUCAUUACAAAACCGCUCUGUGCGAACGAGUAUGUUCAAACCUAAGGGCCAUUGGACGGAUAGGUGACAAGCCUUGUUUUGUGACUGUUGACACAGGAGCAUCCGUGACUUUUGCCAGACCGGACAUUGCAGCAGGGCUGCCCGAGAGAGAAUUGACCAGGCGGAUGUACCUGCGGUCGGUAUCAGGACAAAUUACCCCCAUUUUGAAGGAAGCUUUCGUAAAACUGACACUGGGUGAGUGCCUACUAAUGGCCUGGGUAUUCGUCGCCGAUAUUAUAGAGGAGUUCACGUUGGGACUUGACGUUAUGUACGCCCACAGUGCAGUCGUGGAUUUGGGGCGCCACGUGCUACGACUUGGCGAAAAGGAAGUACCACUAACACGUCCGAAGCGAGUAAGUUCAAAUCUCUUUACGAGCAAGUGCUACACAGCAUAUGUUCCACAUGAUACAGAAGCGGCGGCAGGCCUGGAAGGAUGCGAUGAAAAGCUUCCCCAAGGACGGUGUAAUGAAAUAGUGCAACAGGGUUUCAGUUUUUAAGUGACAGUGAGAGAGUUCUCGAUAUGAGACAGCCACGGGAUGUUCAUAGAAGCCCAGUGAAGACUGUGUUCAUGUGUAAUAUUGGGAGUGUAUGAUCCAGUGAGACUGCUAUAGUUUCUGUGUUGAGAUCUGUGAAGACUGGGAAUCGUAGAGUGUGUGCAACAGUGA